AUGAGUUCCCCAACAAGAAGAAGAAUCGAGACUGACGUCAUGAAGUUGCUAAUGAGCGACUACGAAGUGACGCUGGUCAAUGAUAGCAUGCAGGAGUUUUACGUGCGGUUUGAAGGACCGGAAGAAACACCGUUCCAGGGAGGAAUAUGGAAGAUCCACGUGGAACUGCCAAACGAGUACCCAUACAAGUCGCCCUCCAUCGGCUUUGUCAACAAGAUCUUCCACCCAAAUAUCGACGAGCUCAGCGGGAGCGUGUGCCUCGAUGUCAUCAACCAGACGUGGUCCCCCAUGUUUGACAUGGUCAACAUCUUUGAGGUCUUCCUGCCUCAGCUGCUGCGAUAUCCGAAUCCCAGCGAUCCUCUCAACGGAGAGGCCUCGGGUAUGCUGAUGCGAGAGCCCAAGCAGUACGAGGAGAAGGUCAAGGACUACGUGACCAAGUACGCCAGCAACGACUCUGUGUCGGCAGAGAAGGACAUUUCUGACGAUGACGAUCUCAGCAGCAUUGGCUCGUUUUCUGACGACGACGAGGAGCCCGCCGGAGAGUUGGAAGUCUAG